UGAACAUCGUGCUCUCCCUCAUCGUUAUGAUUUUGGUUUCGCGUCUGCGCGCGCCCUGCAUCAGCGGCCGGGCCACAUAGCAAUCAGGUGGUAAAAUGCAACUUUUAAGGAUAGCUUUUGAAGGCAGCUAUGGUGUUGUUGUUACCUUACGAGGGCCGACAAUAUGAGAAAAUGACAUAUUUGAUGGGUAACUAAACGGCAAUGAGUAGGUUAACCGGAUGAAACGAGACUAGAAGCAAGACAAUCAUGAGCUCCUCUUUUCCCAAAUCCGAAUCCAAGACCUCAUUGCUGAAAUCUUCCUCGGCAAGCGGAAGAUCGACACACUUCCCUGAACGUACGACAGGAAAAGACCGAAAUCAUCAUCAUCAUCACCACCGUCCAGCUGCAAGUCAAGUGAGCAGCAAUGCCGCAGAUGAGUCUUUCUGGUCGGCAGAGUGCGACGUUACUGCAAGGAGACCCCUGUGCCACCCCUCGCUCCUCGGUACCCGGAAUAGGGCGACGACCCGAGCCAGUAAGAGCCAGCCCCACGCCCCACAUGGCAACGUUCCCGCCGCCCACUCCCAGGAUGACCCAUCUGAGCAACAUGGUGUGGUUCGAGGUGUGAGAGAACGCUGCAAGUCAUCCAAGCAUCACCGACACCACCGGAAAACGACCCGGGACGACCAGCCAGCUGCACAACACCACAGCCACACUCACCCUACCCGUUUAGACCACAGAAUAGGCAUGCAGCCCCACUCAGACUGCAAAGACGACACCGCGCUCUUGUUUGAAUCGAGGGACCAUACAAGGGCCAGUUCGUCUGCUAGCGUGGAUGCCAGCAUCCCGUCUCCAGCUUCCUCCUCGCCUAUCCCCGUAUCCAGCCGAUCCUCUCACCGCUCUCGAAGGUCCAGCGCAGCAUCUUGUGAAUCUGACUUUUUGCGGCCAAUUCUUAACUCGGUUUUUGGACAGGACAGAGACCUGAGGCCAGAGGAGAUUGAUGAGUUGCGGGAUGCUUUUAAGGAGUUUGAUAAGGACAAAGAUGGUUUCAUCAGCUGUAAAGACCUGGGAAACUGUAUGAGAACCAUGGGAUACAUGCCUACUGAAAUGGAGUUGAUAGAACUGAGCCAACAGAUCAACAUGAAUUUGGGAGGUCAUGUUGACUUUGAGGAUUUUGUGGAGUUGAUGGGCCCCAAACUUCUCGCUGAAACUGCAGAUAUGAUUGGUGUAAAAGAACUGAGAGAUGCCUUCAAAGAGUUUGACACCAAUGGUGAUGGAGCAAUAAGCACAUCUGAGCUGAGAGAAGCCAUGAGGAAGUUGCUGGGACAACAGGUUGGCCACAAGGACUUAGAAGAUAUCCUGAGGGACAUCGACUUGAAUGGUGAUGGGCAUGUUGACUUUGAAGAGUUUGUACGAAUGAUGUCCCGCUGAGAGGAGGAAUGGUCGAUGUGGCUUCAAGUUAAUUAUUCUGAAUGUGAACCUCGGCCCCUUUGUCAUCAUCAUUGAAUGAGCAAAACGGAGUAAAUACUUGGACCUCUGAGCUAUCUUUUCCUGAGAAAAACUGGAAUUAAAGCCCUUACCUCUAAGUAGAAACGGAAGACCACAGUACUGCUCAAAAUAGUGUUCUUCCCUAAAAGCCCCACAUUCCAACUUAGACAGGUUCUACUGUAGCUUACAGACUGACCCGCUAAUGGUUUCCGCACUAUUAACCCUCCACGAACUGUAUACACUUGUGUGUAGCCUGCUGUUUAGGCAAGUUUUGUUUCUCAACCUUUAAAUGGCAAUAUUACUUGUGACUACUGAUAUGUUCUUCAAGUUUAGGUAAUAGAGUGAGAAAAGCAGAGUCUUAUUUGUGUGUGUGUUUGUCACUGUGAUCUUUUGUGAGGUGAUCACUGUGUUUACCCAGCACCAUAAAAGCACCAGAUCCUCUCUAAUGCACUGGGUUUAUGGGACAAGCAAGAGCUAAGAGGACCUCAGCAAACAAGCUUUUCCCAGAUCUGGAAAAUAGUAGCUUUUCUUCACAUUUGUGUGCAGUGCAUAAACAUUAUGGUUUAUGUGUACAGUAUCUUGUCUGU